AUGGAAGGCUCAUCCGGCUCGGGAGCCCCCAAGCCACCUACACCCAGGUCAGCCGGCGAGGCCGAUAGGAACGGUACAUCUUCUACCUCCAGACCGGUAAUCGAACAGAAUGGGAACCCAGGCGAUUACAGUCGCGGAUCGAACGAGGAUUCAAGGUCUUCCGGGUCCGCUUCAAAGCGCAGGCGAAUGCAGGAACGACACCUGCCGCGGAGGCGCGAUGCACCUUCAACGAUGUUUUCACGCCGCGACCGAUCCCGCAGCCCCAGGAAUGGCACUCCGCGCGAAGACUCCCGACGAUCUCGAUCCCCACUGCCAGCUCGCUCGCCGACCCCGGAAGAACAGUCGCGGCAACGCAAACGACCAGGCGGUGGAUCCCGCAUGGGAGCCAGCAGGGGUGCGGAUGUGUUACGCCGACAGGAGGAACGUGAACGCGAGCAAGAGAUGGAUGCGCUACGGCAAUCCACCCAGCGCGGUGGACUGGAUUACGUGCGGCAGCACUACAACGCCGUUCCGCAGCGCGGUCGUGAAUGGCGAAAGACGGACAGCAAGAUCAAGGGCCUGCGCAGUUUCAACAAUUGGGUGAAGAGUACACUGAUUCAGAAGUUCUCCCCCUCGGAGGAGUUUGUCGCGCAGUACCAUGAUAGCAAGGAUUGGGCCGAUGAGAGCGUGGGUCCGCCUACGUCGGAGGUGCGGCCAUUGCUCGUGCUGGAUAUCGGAUGCGGCAAGGGCGGCGAUCUGGGCAAGUGGGCGCAGACUCCUCAGGCGGUGGAACUCUACGUCGGACUCGACCCGGCCCAUGUCUCUAUUGAACAGGCGCGGGAUCGGUAUAGUCAGAUGCUACGGCAGCGCGGUCGUCGGCCUCAGUUCCAUGGCGAGUUCUUUACGAAAGACUGCUUCGGCGAAUUCCUUGGCGAUGUCCCCAUUAUCCAGCAGGUUGGAAUCGACCCCAAUGCCGGACCUGGUGGUUCCAUAAUGGCCUCUAGAUGGGGCGGUGGUGGCUUCGACGUUGUGACGUCCAUGUUUGCUAUUCACUACGCGUUUGAAACCGAGGAGAAGGCGCGUCAGAUGCUCAGCAACGUGGCGGGAUGCUUGAAGAAGGGCGGUCGAUUCAUUGCCGUGUGCCCGAACUCCGACGUGAUCACCAGCAAAGUCAGCGCAUUCCACAAGCAGCGCAAAGAGCGCGAGGCCUCCAAAACUGCCGAGCCUGAGGCCCCUGAGGAUGGCGAGGUUGAGGAGGAUGACCGGGCUGAGUGGGGUAAUGAAAUCUACCGAGUUCGAUUCCCUGGCAAGACUCCUGAGGACGGUAUCUUCCGUCCGCCGUUUGGAUGGAGGUAUACGUACUUCAUGCAGGAGGCAGUCGAGGAGGUGCCUGAAUACGUUGUGCCUUGGGAGGCAUUCCGAGCCUUGACCGAGGACUACAACCUGGAACUCCAAUACCGCAAGCCGUUCCUGGAAAUUUGGGAGGAAGAGAAGAACGACCGCGAGCUGGGCCCGCUGAGUGAGCGUAUGGGUGUUCGCAACCGGGCAACCGGUGAAUUGAAUAUGACCGAAGAGGAAAAGGAUGCCGCUAGCUUCUACCACGCCUUUUGUUUCUACAAGGUCUAA